AUGCGUAUCGCACAUUGGCUCUUGGGCGGAGGCCGCGAACAUGUCGGCCUCGUUCUAGGCAAUGACGCAUCUGGCAAAACGACAUUUCUAUACAGACUCAAGUUCGGGGAAGUUGUACAGACUAUUCCAACAAUUGGCUUCAACGUCGAGACUAUCGACCAUCCUGAUGGAGAGAAAGUCACCCUCUGGGAUGUUGGAGGGUGUGAUCGUAUUCGUCCUCUUAUACGACACUACAUGUCCCAGGAUCGCUUUCUCAUCUUCAUCCAAAGCUGCACCGACACUGAGUCCGGCCGUGUUGAGUUCUCGCUUGAGUACCUCCGCAUGGGAUUGAACAUGAUGCUUGAAUACGAAGCAAAGCACAUGUUUAUCAUUUUCAACAAGCAAGAUCUCCUCUCAGAAGAAGAGCGACCCCAAAUCGUGAAAGAUUUAAAGGAGAAGAUUGAAGCUGAGAUUAAACCAUAUGCUGAUAAGCUCGAUAUAAAGAUCUUGGAUACUCCUGGUCUGAGUGCCCUUUCGGGUUGUCAGGCUCACCAUCUCAUGGAUGAGAUACGAAAGACUUUGAGACCGCAGAAACCAGCGAAAAAUACGAGAGCUGAGAUUGAGCAGAGGGAGAAGGGGCCGAGUGAAGAGGAGCUUCGCAAUAAGAUAAGAACGGCUAAUGCUGAGAGUGCUGAUACAAACACGUUCUGGCAGUCGUUUCUAGAUGGGAGUUUAGAGGCGUGGGAUCAUUACACCCAUCUCAGAGCAGGCUUCUUCGUCAUGCACGAUUGUUUUGGAAGAGGCUUAGGACUCUUGGAGUGUGCUGAUGAGUUCAUGAAGCAUCUGAAUCGCCUACGAGAGGGAAAUCCCGAGAGGUUCCGCAACACAGCGCACAAAACAAUGACGAUAUUCUGGCUACACCAGAUCCAAGUCGCUGCAAUAGAAUACCAAGCACACUCCCUUGACGAAUUCCCCUCGCGAGAAGACUACGCCGACAUUGUCUUCUCAGCACCUCAUCUCAUGAACUCCGGCCUCUGGAGAGCAUACUACUCCAAGGACCUGCUGUUCUCACCGCUAGCUCGGGAUAAUUAUAGUCUGCCGGAUUUACAGCCUCUUCCUACUAUUAAGCAGGUCGCUUCUGCGCCUGUACAGGAGAAAGUUACAAACGAUGUUGAUCGAUUACCCCGGUUUGCGUUCUCGGUGGUUCAGAAGACUCUUUCGUCGAAGCUUAGACGGGGAGGGGUUGUUAAACAGGCUCUUGAAGCUUUACAGUCUUCUACGAUGCGUUCAAGAGCUUCGGAUUCUUCGAUUCCUCCGUAUUCAGAGACACAGGCGUAUUUCUGGAUUCAGAUCAUCCACGCUUACACCCGUUCCUUGGAGGUAGAAUCGUCCGAAAGCCAAUUCACCACUUACGAGGCCUUCAAAUCCCUCUUCGACAUCAAGGGCGAUGAGUGGAGGGAAUACUACUCCCAAUCAACAUGGGAGAGCAUCGCCGCCCGAAUGACAUUCGCCAACCCCGACAAGAAGCCCCUCCCCAAUAUCUUCAACCUACCCUCGCAAGCAAGAAAAGACCUAGCUGUUUCACAAAUGAUAAAUGCUACAAACCACCGCUCAGCAAACACAGACCUCCCAUCUUCCGAAGAUCUAGACUUCCUAGCAGCAAUCCUCAUCGACGAAGCAAAGCUCAUCCCAGAGUCGGAACUCAACGUCGCCAGCCACGCGAGCCUCAUAAACUUUCUAUUCAACCGUCUGACAGAAAAGACCAAGUCUUCUUCUAUGAGUACCAAACGCGGUGAUGCUUCGCUGGAUUCGUCGACGGCGCUGGAGAUGGCGAAAUGGACUGGUUUGACACAGGCUAUGUUCUGGGUGCAGCAGAUCCAGAUUGCGCUUGCGAGGCGGAAGGAGAUGGGAUUUGAAGAGUUUAUUAAAGGGAACCCGGUUUUGGCGUUUGAGGAGCUGCCGUUUGUGUAUUAUUCGCCGCAGUUGUGGGGGAGUGUUGAGGCGAGGGAUGGGUAUGUUAUGCCUGAUAGACGAGGGCUAUCGAGUAUUAUACCCGGGAAAGUCAAACAGUGA